GUUUGUAAAUGUCAAAUAAGUGCUGGGCGUUGUCAAAAUAUUUCUGAUUGUUGAAUACGUUUGUUUACUAAAUUGUGUCAGGAUAAUAAUUUUUCAACAAAUAACCAAUAUUUAUUUAAUCGAAAUGCUACACAAAUCAGUAAUCGCUUCUAUAAUCAUUGUCAUGUUAGCUAUACGAGAUGCUUCGGCAAUUUGGUGUUAUCGUUGCACAUCGGCUACGCCUGGAUGUGGUGAAAAGUUUAAUUGGCGUGGAAUCGGCUUUCUUGGUGAGCAAUGUCCCGAAAGUAAUGAUAUUUGCGUCAAAGUGAUUGAGAGGCGUGGUGCACAAGAGACUAUAACCCGUGAUUGUUUGAGUGCUUUAAGCUUCCGGACAGACGUUCCAGCAGAUAAAUAUGAAGGCUGCAGACCUGCCGCGAAAGAUGUACGCUUGGCAAAUUACGUUAAUCAUACUAUUAAAGAGCACGAUGUAAAGCGAGAUUAUUUUAAUGAUGUUACAUUUUGUUUCUGCUUUCUUGAUCACCGUUGUAAUGGUGCUAAAGCAAAUGUGAAUUCCAUAGCAUUACUAGGAUUUGUUAGUAUAGCAUUGAUAUUCGCAAAAAAGUUGUUGGCUGAUAUAUGUGCAUGAGUUUAGAGACAUCUUUGUCUACGCCACAAAUUUGAUUACCCUCCACUUUUAAUACCGUUAGUGCCUUUAAUAGUAAUAUUUUAUAUUAGGAAUAUAUAGUUUUGGCGAACAAAAAUGUAUACAUAUGACAAGCAAUUUUUUUGCUCACUGCAUU